GUCAACAAUACAAUUAUUUCUUGCAUAGAGCUAAUAUUUAACUUUAUUCUGGAAUUUCGAAUAGUUACAUUCGUAUUAUCCAGAAUAAAGAUGUUUAACUAAGAGCUUAUUGGAAAUAGCUAUCGUUGUAGUGCUAAAUGCCGAUAUAAUGUGGGUUCCAUUAAAAUCUCCUAAAUUAGGCGUCGCUGUCUACAAUUGGAAAGGAGAUGUACGUUCAGGACUUCCCCUAGAGAUAGGAGAAGCUGUUCAAAUUCUUGAGGAAAAUGGAGGCUGGUAUCGUGGCUUCAGUACCAAAAAUAGGUCAGCCUGGGGCAUAUUCCCCCUAUGUGUGGUUACUAUUCGGCCCAGUAUUGUGAAGGGAACUGGUGCUAACGCCAUAGCGGAGCUUAAAGACGAUCCUCUUGUACGAGAGAUAGCUAUUGUAUUAAGAGAAUGGGCGCGACUGUGGAAGAAACUAUAUGUGGAACGGGAAACGUACAGAUUCAGCGCUGUCGCGAAGGUGAUGAGGGAAUUGCUGAGCGGACGGCGGGCUCUACUCGCUGGAACUCUCACCCAGGACCAGACCAGAGCGCUGAGACUCAAGCUCGUGGCCAAACUGGACUGGGGGAAUCGAAAACUUGGUCUGGAAUUGGUACCGAGGCGAGGUGCCGCGGCUGUGGAGCCAGAAGACAUCAGCUUAGUGGAAUUAUACAGAGUACACGUGGAGAGCGCUGAACGAGCAGCGGCGUGGCGAGGAACGCUUCGUCGCGCUGGUGGUUCGGGCAGCAGUUUCAACUCUGGCACCCUCACAAAUGGCACCACCACUGUCACUACGGCGGCUCAAUCGUACCACCUCAUGUGCAGUAUGCGGGACUUCGGUCAUACCGCCGGCGGUGACGAAGCAGAGUUGUUGCUCUGGCUUCACGAUGCUAGAAGAGCGCAGCCGUUGUCCGAACGCUUCAGAGUACGGAUAGCAAGAGACGGCUUCUCCAACUACGUGGACAGGUUGCAUGCUAACAGCACCUUGUUCGCUGACCUUUCAACAACAGAUCUAUCACGCGAGCUAUGGCUUGUAGCGUGGGUUAUUCGGGUGGGUCGGUGGGCCGGUGCGGGCGGAGGGAGCGGUACUGGCGAGAGGAGGGGUCCUGUAGCGAGGAGACCGCUAGGUGCAGGGGUUCUGCCUCUAUCAGAGUUCCUUAGGCAGCCGGGCCAACAGCCCAGCGAGAAAGAGUAUACGUUUAAGGUCUAUCAGUGCGAGGAAAAAGAUUUCCAUCAGUUACACGACAUGUUGAUAAGGAAGCAAACAAACAAGUGUAAUAUUUUACCGGGCCAGCCUAAUUACGGUAUCGUAGUAGCCCUACGACUUUUGACUCACCCGGGCAGCAUAACGGAAGCUGUGUCGUCCGGUGCCACUAUAACCGCCAAGCGAGGCUUCCCUGACAUCAUCAUGCCCGGCGACGUCAGAAACGAUCUCUAUUUGACCCUGGAGAGAGCAGAGUUCGAGAGGGGAGGCAAGAGUACCGCCAAGAAUGUCCUCGCGACUGUCAGCGUACAUGAUAAUACAGGACAAGUUAUAAAUGAGUGUGUAUGGGGUGCUAGCGGUAACGGCAGUACUUGUUACGAGUCACUCGUGUUAUAUCACAACAACAGUCCACUGUGGGGCGAACAGCUCCGCCUCACUGUUCCGCUCGAUACGUUCACCCACGCUCACGUGCGAAUAGAGUUCCGUCACUGUUCCACUCGCGACAAAAACGAAAGAAAACUGUUCGGGUUCUCUUUCGCUCGUUUGAUGGAAGCGAGUGGAGCGACACUAAGAGACGGUGCACAUGAACUAUAUGUUUAUAAAUGCGACGAUCCAUCAAAGUUGGCGACGGCAAGUUAUCUGUCGCUAGCGUCUUGCGCGAGCGAUUCCGCGCGUAUGGCGCCAGUGAAUGGUGUCGCGCCUUCAUUUC